UGGAAAUAAUACAACAAAAAGCACAGCGAAAGUUGAAAGCAAAAGAAAAUGAGGUUUUAAAUGCUCAUUCAUUGACAGUGCGCCUCGAGAUCAGGUCUAGGGUUCCUCAUCUUCAACUUCCACCUCUUUUCUCAGAUUUUCAAACCAUUACUCAUCUUCCAUAAUUCAAACUCCACGCACACCUGCUACCGCUUCUGUUCUUUGAAGACGUAUAUUUGCAAAGUUUGUGCAGGUGUUAUUAGUGACUUGACGGAAGGUGUGAUCCUAGGGAUUCAUUUCAUAUAAGCUCAUAUUUUAGGUUGUUGCAAAUGCCGGAGGAAGAUCUUUUAGAGCUCAAGUUUCGAUUGCUUGAUGGAUCCGACAUUGGUCCGUUUCGAUACUCUCCUGCUUCCACCGUCGCCAUGCUCAAGGAGAGAAUUGUUGCUGAAUGGCCCAAAGAUAAAAAAGGUGGACCCAAAUCAGCAAAUGACAUCAAGUUAAUAAAUGCGGGGAAAAUUUUGGAAAAUAACAAAACUGUUGGCCAGUGCAGAACACCUUUUGGGGAGCUUCCAAAAGGGGUAAUUACUAUGCAUGCUGUUGUACAGAUGUCUUUAACCAAAGCAAAAACAGGGUCCCCAUUGAAUCCAUUGAUGAUGAUACAAAUAAAAUAACACAUGUAGUAUAGGAAUUUUAUCUCAUGGGCUAAGUGACAUUAAAUUAUAUUCCACCAAGGUUAAAGAAAAAGGAGUGCCAUUUUGAUAUGGGGAGUCAAAGGAGUUUACUUCCUGGACUUGUUUUUAUCUGAAUCAUUUAACAUUGCAGUAGGAAGAUCACUUUUGAAUAUUUAAAGUAGGGCCAAAUUCUCCCAAUUUGUGGCCUUCCCAAAGGCAGCAUACAACUCUUUGCUGUACUGCGCUCUCCAACGACAGAAAAAGGGAUUGAUCAAAUUUUAUUGAGUCUGACUUAUAGUGUUUUUCUUGAAUGUGUUCAGUAAACUAUAAUAUCAAAUACUAGAAGAUAACUGGUGUAAAAUAUAACAAGAAGAAGUCAUGUCAACGUUUUGUUGAUUUUGACAGAUAGUCCAUCUGACCGUCAUUUGUGGACCCUAGUUUGGAAUUAAAGGAAUGUAGAUUUUUUUUUUUUUGGCAUUGAGCUAUUCUUUUUCUAGUCGAUGAUAUCUUCUAAUCCCUCUCCAAGAGUUGCUGUUGUUCAAGGUACUGCGGCUCUGGGUUUCAGGUGGCAUUUCAUGCUUAUGUAGUUGUAGUGUUUUAGAAUAAUGAAUGAUCUUCCUUCUUUCGUUCUAUUGUAGCCAUUGAUCAAAUGAGUUUUAUUCAACUCAUCUAGUCAUCUUAUGGUUAGAAAUUUCAUCAUUAAUUCUAUUAUGGUCAUGUGUGAAACCCAUGUAGAAUGGGGAUGAGGGGAUUUAAAAAUACCAAGACAAGAACAUAUUGGAAACAAUCUACAGUUCAAAUACAAGUCCUAUAAUCAUAAAUCCUUCUUUGAAACUCGUUGCUUAGGGUGAUUAUAAUUAUAAAUCCUUCUUUGAAACUAGUUACUUAGGGUGAUUAUUCAGGCCAAUUAUGUGACCAUCAAUAGAGUUUCAAAUUUGAAGGAAGCACCGAGCAUCCUCUUUGAGCCAUGUCAAAAAUUUAUAGGAACUAGUUGCAAGAGGAUCUUUAGCCAAAUGGGUAUCUUUGUCUAUAUUUCGUAUGUAAACACGAAGUCUUUGCUCAAUCGAAACAGUUCGAACCAUUUAGCUUAUGGUCCAUGAAUUUUAGACAUCACUGAUACCACGUCCUCACACUCGUCACAGUAGGGUUUUUUGUGGUCGUGCAUAACAUCUCAACGAGAUAAUAUGAACUUGAUGACUGGAAAGAAGCUCUAAUUAUGUACAUUUUGCUGACAAGACUAAUAUGCAGAUCAUCGACAUUUACAAAAUUGCAUUUUUUUUUCAAGGGUUUUUACUGUUAGGGCACAUGAUUAUAAGCAUUUAAUGUGGACCACUUUUUUAAGAUAUACAACCUUAAUUAAAUGAUGUUCUUCUUUCACAUCCAACCCUUCCAUAUAUAUUCUUCUCUCACAUCCAACCUCAUACUAAUAAAUUUUCCAUAUUAAAUGCACAUUAAAUGCCUCAAAUUUUGUGCCCUUGGGCACAUUAUAGCCAGACCAUGUUUUCAAUUAUUACUAUACCUUCAUAA